UUAACAACUUUCUUACUUUUAUUAAUAUUUUAUUUCCUUAAACGAUUAAAAAAAGACGUAAAGAGUCAAAAUAAAACUUAUAAUGAGAAGUGUUUAACUUUUGAAACGCCUCAAAUGGUCUCUUCCGAUGACGUCACUCUGAGGCGGGAGCGAACAAAAUGGCGGACUGUCCUGUGUGAAAAAGUAAAAAGUUUCGGGUUUUUUGUUCUUUUUUUUGGAGUUUAAUUUUUGGAUUUAAACGUUUAACGGGACGCAGAGUUUGUUCCGGGGUCUCUGGGUCUUUCCCCGGGGCUCAGGCGGAUGUCCUGCGCGGGGAAAUGGACCAACAAUCCGGAUCUGAAGCCGAGGAUCCAGGCGGCGCUGCGGAGAGUGACCUUGAGCCAGGAGGAGGUUCUGGCUCUAAACCCUCGGGUCGUCCAAAGAGCCACAGGUCUGAGCCGCACUGACGUACAGAGUCUGCGACAGGCGACGCGCACCUGCCCCGCUCCUCAGACAGCUCUGGCCCUGUCCUCCUCCGGGCCCCUGAGCUCCUCCUCCGGGCCCCUGAGCUCCGGGUGCAGGUCCAUAGACGUGGUGCUGCGCGGGGGGCUUCCUGUGGGGGGCGUCACCGAGCUGUUUGGACCCAGCGCCGCGGGAAAGACUCAACUCGCUCUGCAGUUCUGUCUGUCUGUGCAGUACGACCCGCAGCACGGAGGACUGGGCUCAGGAGCGGUGUACGUGUGCACGGAGGACUUGUUUCCUUCUCCUCGCCUGCAGCAGAUGAUCUCAGAGCAGAGUUUUCUCCGUCAGGAUGUUCCUCUGGACCAGAUCCCCAAGAACCUGAGCGACCGAGUGUUUGUGGAGCACGUCUCCGACCUGGCGUCGCUCCUGUCGUGCCUGUCUCGUCGCGUCGUGCUCCUCCUCUCCCGUCGUCUCGUCCGAUUGGUCGUGGUGGACUCCGUGGCGGCGCUGUUCCGCUCCGAGUUCGAGGCGUCUGAUUGGCUGCGGAGACACCGGCAGCUGUUGGCCGUCUCCUCCGCGCUCCGACGAAUCAGCCGCCAGUUCAACGCACCUGUGCUCUGCAUCAACCAGGUGGUGGAUCUGGUGAACCCGGAGCAGGACCAGGGUCUGGGCCCCGCCCCCUCGUCCUUCGGCCCCGCCCUUGGUCUGGCCUGGUCCAAUCAGCUGACGGCGCGGCUGAUGAUGCGUCGUGAGGAGGGGCUGCUGAUUCGCGGGGACCAGAGCUCCGCCCCCCGCAGCCUCCAGGUGAUCUUUGCCCCCCACCUCCCGUCCGCCGCCGGCCAAUCACAGCGCGGCGCGGCCUCCUCCGGCCAAUCGCAGGGCAGCGUCAUCAUCGGGGUCUGGAGGGAGGGGCUAAGAGGCCACGACCAAUCAGAACACAGGGACUAAAUCAGGACUGAGCGUGGGACUAAAACUGGAACUGAACCGGGACUAAACCAGGACUGAACCGGGACUGAACCAGGACUGAACCAGGAGGACUUCUUUAGACCCUGGUUUGCUUAAAAAACUGUUACGAUCUUUUGUAAAAUGUAAAUAGUGAAUUGUUCAGAGUUUUGUUGUUAAAUGUCGUUAAUUGUUGUUUAUUUUCAUUGUUGUUUGUAAAAAGACGUCAAACCCCAAA